CCAUUUUUUCCAAUAGAAAGACUUGCUUCUUCUCCCUACAAACAGUGAAUGGUUUUACAUGUGAUAUCACACACACACACACACACACACACACACACACACACACACACACCCACCCACACCAUUCUUAAAAAAGCUCUCUCUGUGCUUCAUCACCACAUUGAAUUCAGCAGUGCAGGCAGUCUGAGAGAGAGGCACAGCAUUAGAUGGAAAGCAAAUAAUAACACAUUUAUUUAAUUAACCUUGAGACACAAACCCUCAGCCCUUCUGUCUCAUCAUCAUGAGGUUUGAGGAGAUCCUGGACAAAGUUGGUGGGUUCUCCAAGUUCCAGUUCCUGGUCCUGCUUAUCUUGUGUCUUCCCCGUGCCAUCCUUCCACUCCAUUUUCUCCUGCACAACUUCAUCUCAGUCAUACCACCUCACCGCUGUUCCCUUCAGAGUACACAACAAAAUGAGAAGGACAGUUGGGACUCAGACCCUGAGGUGCUUUCCCUUAGGAUUCCCCGCCAGGACGAUGGCUCCUUCAGCUCUUGCAGGAUUUACAGUCCCCUGCCAGCCUUUAACAUCAGCCAAGGAAACCAGUCUGCACCUUGUCCACAGGGAUGGGUCUAUGACCAGUCACAGUUUCUUUCUACAACUGCCACAGAGUGGGAUCUGGUGUGCGACAACAAACACCUGAAUCAAGCUCUGGCUACUUAUUUCUUUCUUGGGGUCACAUUUGGAGCCAUUCUGUUUGGGCAGCUUUCUGACAAGUUUGGUCGUAAGUCAAUGAUUCUGGUAGCUUUCAUUGCCUCCACGACAUUAGGAGCCACUUCUGCCUUCUCCACUUCCUACACUAUGUUUGCAAUCUCCAGAGCAGUCUGUGGUGCAGCCCUCAGUGGGAUGUCAAUCAUUGGUGUGGUUCUCGGUAUUGAAUGGACAGAUAUAAAGCAUCGUACCUUUGCUGGUACUGUUAUGAGUUUAUCUUGGAGUGUUGGGAACAUGUUUCUGGCCCUGCUGGCCUACUUUAUACGAGACUGGAGGCAUUUGACUUUGGCAGUGACAGCGCCCUGCAUUACUGCCAUCAUUCCCUGGUGGUGGCUUCCUGAAUCAGCCCGGUGGUUGCUGGCUAAUGGGAGAGUGGAGGAAGCUAAGAAGUAUCUGAUUCAGUGUGCUAAAGUCAAUGGGAAGAAUGAAUACAUAUCCAAACUGGAUAGUGAGGUUCUGGUGAAGGUGACAGUUUCUGAGGUGGCUGAAAACAACCACUCCUAUCUGGAUUUGGUCAAAACACCUCAGCUGAGGAAGAUCACGCUUGUCUCUGGAUUCUUCUGGUUUGCUGUUGCUUUCCUGUACUAUGGGAUUAGUUUCAAGAUCUCAGGUUUUGGCGUCAAUAUCUACCUCACACAGUUCAUCUAUGGUGCCAUUGAAGUUCCUGCCAAAGUCUUCGCCUUCUUCAUCUUGGACUGGAUUGGUCGACGAAAUGGCCAGGCGUGGUUUCUAAUCAUAACAGGAUCUCUGAUUGGAAUAAACACGUUCAUUCCUCUAGAGUUCUCUGUGCUUCGUACAUGCAUUGCUGUUGUGGCAAAGGGUUUCUCUGAGUCAGCUUUCACCACCGCAUUUCUUUAUUCGGCUGAACUCUAUCCAACCAUCCUCAGGCAAUGUGGUAUAGGUUACACCUCGUGUAUAUGUCGGAUUGGGAGUUCCCUGGCUCCACUGAUCAUGCUGCUGGAUGAUGUCUGGGAUCUUCUGCCCCCUCUGAUCUUUGCUGGCACUGGUAUUAUCAGCGGCAGCUUGGUCUUCCUGCUCCCAGAGACACUCAAUGUCCGUCUGCCUGAAAACAUUGUUGAUGUUGAAGAGGGAAGACACAGGCAGGUUGAUGCAAAGGAAGAUGCAGAGAUUGAGCUGGUAAACAGUACAGAGGCAGCACCUUCAAAAGAAGACUGAUCAGCUGCUGGCCAGAGAAGACAUUCUUUUUGAUGGUUCUGGUUCAUUAACACAUGAAUUAUUGCUCUCUAUAUUGGGAGUUUACAGACUAGUGACUAUUCUGUUCUGAUCUUCAUUUUGACCUCAUAUUGUUUCAGUUAGGACUGUUCAGUACAAUAUAGCAUGCAUCAAGUUUGUCAUUUUAAUGUUUUAAGCCUUGAAGUCUAAUUUUAAAACUGUCAACCAACCGCUACUGAUAUUCAGCUUUCAAUUUGCCUAAUUGUGUGAAUGCCGUUUAUUGUGUGAGUUCCUGUUUCUCUUUAUUGUGUGAAUGCCUCACAGGCAUUCACACUAUUGAGAUCCUGUUUCUCUUUAAACUUAAUUAUUGUGUGAAUGCCUCACUGGCAUUCACACUAUUGAGUUCCUGUUUCUCUUUAUUCUUUAUUAUUCUAGUUGCUUCCGUACGUUUUUCGCCAUGGAACU